AAUAUAUUCUAUUAAUUAGUUUAUUCAACAAAAAAUUAAGUAGAUAUAAAAUCAAAAUAAAGCUAAUAUCACAAAAAGUAAAUGGGUUGUUGUUGUAUGGAAAAACCAAAAGGUUAAUCAGCUAGUCAGAAGAAUACUAAUGGUUAAUACUCAAAUAAUUAUUAAGUAAAAUCUGAUAAUAGGUAAAAAAAUAUGAAUAAUGAUAAUUAUAACAAUGAUAAUAAUUAUAAUAAUAAUAAUAACAUUGAACUUGGUAAUAAUAAUUUUUAAAAUGACUAAGGCAAUAAUUAUGAUAAUAACUCAAACAAGCAUCAUCACCAUCACCAUCACCACGAUAAUAAUAACAAUAAUUAUGCUAAUGAUCAUCAUCACCAUCACCAUGGUAAUGAUAAUUAUUAAGCAGGAGGAAAUGAUUAUGGAGGUCAUCAUGAUCAUGGAGGUGGUGGCAAUAAUUAUGGUGGUGGUAAUGAUUAUGGAGGUGGUAAUGAUUAUGGAGGCGGUAAUGAUUAUGGUGGUGGUAAUGAUUAUGGAGGUGGGCAUCAUCAUAAUGAUUGA